AUGAUUAGGCGUCACUCAGAUGGGCAGAUUCCAUACCCGACGGCACAAAACAGCCACAUCCUUGGCCUUUGCACCGGUGCACUGGCUGCUGCUGCCGUCAGUGCAUCAUCUAACCUGUUUAAUAUGGUUCCUCAUGCUGUCGAGGCAGUGAUCGCAGCCUUGCAUUGUGGACUCGCUGCGUCACUCAUUGGCAAAUCCCUCUCUGGCGACUGCGAGUAUGCAGAGUCUAGUUGGUCCUUGCUUCUGUCAGGGGCCAGCCCAGUGACCGUCCAGGACCUGAUAGAUAAGUUUAACGGCGCUCUUCCUCUGGCUCUGCGCGUCCACAUUAUCGCUCAAGUCCACGAUUCGGUAACUGUCAGUGGUCCUCCGCGAUCAUUGUCCCAGCUACGCCUGACGGAUAAGUUCCGAACCCUGGCGCAAGUCGCCCUUCCCAUUAGGGCGCCCUACCACGCCGCUCAUCUGUUUGGCGAGGAGCAUGUGCAAGAGAUUAUGCAACACAUUUCCCAGACUUCGUUACUUCGUUUGGGUUUCCAGCCGAUUCCAGUUGUCUCUUGCGGUAGUGGCCAAUCGGACUGGUCAAUAACGUUGUCAGCAAAGUUGGAGGCUGCUGUUCGAGACGUCUUGAUUAACCCCGUCGUACUAAACAAAGCGAUUACUCGAUUGGCGGAAUUUAUCCAAUUCACCGCGACUUCUCAGGUCAGCAUCAUCCCGAUUGGCACUUCGAUCGGGGAAUCCGUUCAUGGGUACCUUACUCAGGCUGAAAUUGGUGCAACUGUCGUUCUGGACGUUGCCGCAGCACUAACUCCCUCACCGAGCUCUCCUCGACUUCGAGGGCCAAUGGGUCGGUCAAAAAUUGCCGUUGUUGGCAUGUCUGGACGCUUCCCAGGUGCUUCCGACGUCAAUGGACUUUGGGAUGUCCUCAUCAACAAAAUGGACAUGUGUCGGGAAGUUCCUGGCAUGCGAUGGAAUGUCGAAACCCACUUCGACCCAAAAGGCAAGGAGAAGAACAAGAGCAAGGUUCGGUAUGGAUGCUGGAUCGACAACCCCGACCUCUUUGACGCGCGGUUCUUCUCCAUUUCGCCUCGUGAAGCUCCGCAGAUUGAUCCAGCUCAACGCAUGGCGCUCCUAACAGCUUACGAGGCCCUUGAAAGCGCUGGCAUUGUGCCUGGGCGGACGCCCUCAACACGGGAAGAUCGCGUCGGUGUCUUCUUUGGCGUCACAAGUAAUGAUUGGUGUGAAGCGAACAGCAACCAAAAAAUUGACACGUACUUUAUUCCUGGGGCCAAUCGAGCCUUUAUUCCGGGUAGGAUCAAUUACUGCUUCAAAUUUUCUGGGCCAAGCUAUGCUGUCGAUACGGCCUGCAGCUCUAGCCUCUCAGCAAUUCAUAUCGCUUUCAACUCUUUGCUCCAGGGUGAUAUCGACAUGGCAAUUGCGGGAGGGACAAAUGUGCUCACAAACCCUGACAUGACCUGCGGCCUGGAUCGGGGCCACUUCCUCUCGAGCACGGGCAAUUGCAAGACAUUCGACGCGUCCGCAGAUGGCUACUGUCGUGGAGAAGGCGUGGCGACUGUGAUUCUGAAGCGGCUUGAAGAUGCUAUCGCCGAUAAUGAUCCUAUUAUGGGCAUCAUUUCCGGUGCAUACACCAAUCACUCCGCCGAGGCCGAAUCGAUUACCCGCCCGCACGUCGGUGCCCAGCGCGAUAUCCUCAACAGGGUUCUUAGCGACUCUGGAACAGACCCUUACGACGUCGGCUACGUUGAGAUGCAUGGUACCGGUACCCAAGCUGGUGACCUGCGCGAGAUGCAAUCGGUCUGCAGCGUCUUUGCGCCCAACGACCGUCGUCAUCGCCGUGCCGCGAACCAGCCACUACACUUGGGAGCCCUCAAAUCUAACAUCGGCCAUGGUGAAUCUGUUUCCGGAGUUAGUGCUCUCAUAAAAGUUCUUCUUAUGAUGACGAAAAGUACGAUUCCGCCACACUGUGGUAUAAAAACCCAGAUUAAUCCGGGAUUCCCGAAAGAUUUAAGAGAAAGAAACGUCUUUAUUGACCUUGAGGCUGCCAGUUGGGAGAGGUCGGGCGGCAUACCACGCAAAGCGAUUAUCAACAAUUUUUCCGCCGCUGGCGGCAAUUCGACAAUCCUCGUGGAGGACGCAUCAGAUCUGCCGACGAUUGAGAGCAGCGAAGCGGCCAUGUCGCGGCCGACAUUCCCAGUCGCGGUGACAGCUAGAUCAGCAAAAUCACUGGUGGCAAAUUUAAAAGCAAUUCUACAGUAUACUCAGUCGCGCCAGCCAGAUCUAGCGCAGUUGUCCUAUACCACGACCGCCCGGCGCAUGCAUCAUGCCCACAGGAUUUUGGUCGUCGGCAGUAGCCUCAAAGAGGUUCAGAACAAGCUCAAUGACGCCUUGUCGCAGGAAAUAGGGAUAAUGAAAGCGUUGGAGCCAAAAAAAAUUCUGUUUACUUUUACCGGACAAGGAUCCCAGUAUGCUGGCAUGGGGAAAAGGCUGUACGAUGGAUUGUCCGUCUUUCGUCACCAGCUUCAGCACUUGGACCGUCUGGUCCGGAUUCAAGGCUUCCCUUCCAUUAUCAGUCUCUUUAUCGCCGACUCUAGUCUUUGCCUCAGCGAUUUCCAGCCCGUCGUGGUACAGCUGGCCAGUACAUGCAUGCAAAUUGCUCUCGCCCGUAUGUGGAUAUCUUGGGGCAUGAAACCGACUGCAGUGGUUGGCCACUCCCUGGGGGAAUAUGCGGCUCUCAACAUCGCCGGGGUGCUGAGUGACGCAGACACAAUCUACCUCGUAGGUAGACGGGCUCAGUGUUUGCAAGCUUUAUGCGAGAGCGGGUCGCACGCCAUGCUCGCAGUCAUUGCCUCGGAGAGCGAGAUUGAAGCUACUCUGCAAAUGCCCUUUGAAGUAUCUUGCGUCAACGGACCAAAAGAAACCGUCAUCGCAGGUACACUAGCGCAAGUCACGAGGAUGCGACAUAUUCUCCUCGACAAAGGUAUCCGAAGCACACUUCUCAACACACCAUUCGCCUUUCACACAUCGCAGAUUGACCCGAUCCGAGCCCAAUUAGUUGCAGACGCACACCGCGUCACGUUCAACACCCCCAAAAUCCCUGUCCUCUCGUCGCUGCUGGGGACAGUCGUUGAAAGCGACGGGGUCUUCAACGCCGAGUACAUCGGCCGUCAGGCGCGGGAGACGGUGCAGGUGAUGCAGGCCCUGCACGCAGGUACCGAUGCCGGCAUCAUCGACGACAAGACGUAUGGGAUCGAGUUUGGGCCACAUCCUGUUGUUGCAGGCAUGGUCAAAUCCACACUCGGACCUGCGGUCAAGGUGCUUCCCACGCUGCGACGGAACGCGGAUGCUUUCGAGGUCAUGACGGAGACGCUGUCUGCGUUUUACAAUGCAGGCGCUUCUAUCAACUGGGACGAGUACUUUUGUGACAUUCCAUAUGCGCAGACCGUUAUUCCCUUGCCGGCUUAUAACUGGGACUUGCAAUCGUACUGGAUAGAGUACAAAAAUGAUUUCUGCCUGUACAAAGGUGAUCUACAGCCAGCAAAAGAGCCAGUAGACGGCACACCAUCCAAGGCAAUGGUCAUGGGUAAUGUUGUCCCCGAGCUGGAGUCGUCGACCAUUCAUAGAAUUGUCAGCGAGGAAGUCUCGGCCUCGACAUUCACCAUCACGACGGAAUGUGACGUCGGGCGGAAGGACCUCAACCAUGUCAUGCAAGGUCACAAAGUUGAUGGCAUUGGCCUUUCCACGCCAUCUGUCUAUGGCGAUAUUGGAUUCAGUCUUGGCACCUAUGCCCUGAAAAGAUUCCGAUCCGCCUUUCUCGGAGCGAUCAUCAACGUGUCGCACAUGGACAUCGACAAGGCUCUCAUCGGCUCGGCCAAGCAUAAACAGUUUCUGCGAUGCACAGCGAAAUUCGACCUGCAAAAGAUGCAAGCGACCUGUGUAUUCUCGACACACGAUGAAAACGGAAAUAGAAUGCACCAGCACGCUACCUGUCGCAUCAUCUGUGUCGACGACUCCAACCGCGCACGUCUGCAGAGCCAGCUCCCACAGACAAAAGUCCGCUUUGAGGAAAUGCGCCGCAAUUGUGCUAACGGCAAGACCUUUCGCUUCAACAACGCCAUGGCCUACAAUAUGGUUUCCAAGCUCGCGGAAUUCGAUCCCGACUACCAAUGCGUCGAUGAAACGGUCUACGACAAUGAAAACUUCGAAGCCGCCUGCACAUCUGGCGGGUUUACGAUGAAUGCGAAUGAGAGCACGAACUUGGAGAAGGACGUCUUUGUCAAUCAUGGUUGGGAUGGUUUUGAGCUGUACGAGACAAUACGCGAGGAUUGUCAGUACCAUACUCAUGUCAAAAUGUCGCCCGCAGAGAACGGGCAAUGGAAGGGUGAUAUUGUCAUCUUUACCGGUGAUCGUAUCGUCGGCUUUGUGCAGGGUGUCUGCUUGCAAGGCGUUCCGAGGCGCGUGCUAAAGUACAUACUCUCAUCCAGUGCAGGCCCGCCAAAGGCAACAUCUGGAUCCCCAAAAUCGGCUCACGCGCCAGUACCAGUGCAGGAAAAAUCUCAAACCGCAUUGAACCCCAAGUCCAAUAUUUUGCCAACUGGUUCCCCAGGCCCCAGUGCCGUGCCGGCAGCCUCCAGACAUGCAGAUGGUGGCCUAGCUCAAAAGGUCAUCGAGGUUAUUGCAGGUCAAGCUCUUGUCGAUCCAAAGACUAUCACAGACGAUACAAACUUUAAUGAUAUUGGCAUCGACUCGCUGCUGAUGCUGAUGAUCUCUGGGUCUUUGGUGGAGGAGCUCGGGAUCACUAUCCAGCCGACCUUUUUUGUCGACAACCCGACAGUCGGCAGUGUCAGGACACACUUUGGAAACAGUUCCCAAUCAACGUGCGACGUCGUACCUACACCUCGGCCAAUUACUUUGGCUCCAGAGCCUUCACCUCUCGCCCCGGUGCUGGCACCGGUUGACCAAUUUGCCCAGCAAAGGGCCACUACCACGCCCAAGGCUCUCACGCCGGUGAAACAUGGGCCUGCGACAUCAGCUGGCGCAGUAACCAAGGCUCUUUCUAUACUUUCUGAGGAAACAGGAGUAGAGCUUGCCAGCCUGACUGACCAGCUAGAGCUGGCCGAGGUUGGAGUUGACUCGCUGCUGUUGCUCAUCAUCUCUUCGCGGUUCUGUGAGGAGCUGGGACUGUAUGUCCAGCCUGACCAGCUUGCCUUGGAGUGUAAUACCGUGUCUCGGAUAAAACGUUAUGUUGCAGAACGCUGUGGUUUGAGUUCUGUCUAUGAAGAAGCUGCGCCAACCCCUGUGGUGUCGACACCAGCGCCAGGACUGUCGGCAGCGCCGGUAGAAAUCGUGCCCGUUCUACCACAACACGCUAUACAGACCAGGUCUACACAAAGCUUUAAUACCUUGCUUCCAUCAAGUUCAACUCUACAGCUCGCGCGUCAGCCUCUUCUGUCACAGCCAGAUACCUUGGAAGAGGUCCUCAAGAUCAUAGCCGAAGAGACCGGCGUCGCCAUCUCAGAGCUAACAGACACCGCCGAUUUCGCAGGCGCCGGUAUCGAUUCCUUGCUAGCUCUCAUCAUUUCCAGCCGUCUACGGGAUGAGCUUGACAUGGAUCUCGGCCCAGAUUCUGCCCUGCUCACCAUGCAAACCAUCGGGCAGCUCCGCGUUCUGGUUGAAGGCCAGUCCUGCUCCACGAUCGGAAGCAGCACGCCAGACACCGUCCCAUCAUCUUGCAACUCUGAUCUCGGCCGCCAGCCGGGCACAGAUGUCGAAUCUGCUUGCCCGGACAGUGAGCUAGUGAAUAACCCCGUGCCGGCUACCACAUCGGUUGUUCUCCAAAACAACCCUCGGGUCGCGCACAGAAAGGUGCUCUUCUUCUUCCCUGACGGUAGUGGCUCCGCAACGUCCUACACGCAGCUCCCCCGGAUCAGCGCCGAUCUCGUCGUCUACGGCCUCAACUCGCCCUUCCUUAAAAGCGGCGACACCAUGGGCACCGUUGCCUUCGACGACCUUGUGCAGAGCUACAUUGCUGAGAUCCGCCGUCGCCAGCUCCAGGGUCCUUAUUCCUUCGCUGGAUGGUCCGCGGGUGGGACACUCGCGUUCCGUGCCUCGCAGCUCUUGUGUGAAGCGGGCGAGCAAGUCGCUAACCUAUUUCUCCUCGAUGCACCUGUGCCCGGGAGGCUUGGGAUCCUCCCGCAGCGGUUCUUUGACUCUUGCCAAGCUCAUGGAUUUUUUGGCGAGGAGUCUGCCCGACCGAGCUGGUUGUUUCCGCAUUUCAAGGGUGUGAACCUUGUGUUGAACAAAUAUGACCCUGUCCCGUUUCCGUUUAGCUCAUCCUCAUCAUCGUUAACGUCGACGCCAAGGAAUGUGCAUCUCAUAUGGGCGACAAAAGGCUCGUUUCAGGGUGCGCAGUUUGAGAAGCAGGCUGGUGAUCCGGCAGACUUGGAUUUCUUGCUAGAGGAUCGCACGGAUUUCACGCCUGGGGGGUGGGCGAAGUUGUUUCCGGGCGUGGGGAUUCAUGUUGGUAAGGCGGAGGGGGAGAGCCAUUUUACGAUGUUGAGCGGUGCUUCUGCGGAGAAGAUUUCUAACUAUAUAGGCUUGGUAACCCGAGCGUCAAGUGGAUUCCGCGUGAAUCAAUCAAGGUAA